AUGACAGCACGUAUUCCUUCAUACGCCAUACAGUUGAAAGUGUUCGGUUAUUGCUGCUGUUUAGUUUUUCAUAAAACCCGAAAAAUAUUCGGCCAAUCCGCCAUUGUUCUGCGGAAAUAAUACAAUAACUAUUUCUGGUAGCGAUGGAGUCCGAAAACGACGUUUCUGUGGAGCGUCAGUCGGCUUCAAGGGACGCAACCCCGGAAGUUUCCAGAAAGUCACGCUCCAGAUCGCGUUCCCUAUCAGCAGCACGCAGUCGUUCCAAGAGCGUAAGUCGCUCGAAGAGUCGAAGUCGUUCGAAAAGUGUGAGCCGCUCAAAAAGUCGCAGUCGUUCAGGAUCCCCCAAGCGCUCCAAGAGUGGUAGUCGUUCCAAAAGCCGGAGCCGUUCGAAGAGCAGGAGUCGUUCCAAGAGUCGCAGUCGAUCGAAGAGCCGCAGCCGUUCGAAAAGUCGGAGUCGUUCCAAAAGCCGGAGUCGUUCUAAGAGCCGAUCAAAGAGUCGAAGCCGAUCUAAAAGCCGAAGUCGCUCGAAGAGCCGUAGCCGUUCGAAAAGCGGAAGUCGCUCAAAAAGCCGCAGUCGAUCGAAGAGUCGAAGUAGAUCGAAAAGUCGCAGCCGGUCCCGGAAUAGAAGCGCAAGUGCAGAAUCUGGCAAGUCUCGAUCCCGUUCACGAUCUCGUGCCAGUUCGCGACGCAGCCGUAGUCGAAGCUCUGCCCGAUCCAGAAGCCGCUCAGGAUCCAGAUCGAAAUCUAGGAGUCGUAGUCGUUCAGGAAGUCGAACCAGUUCGCGCCGAAGUCGCAGCCGCAGCCGAAAGUCUGGUUCAAGAUCGCGAUCUAGGUCUGGAUCAAAGUCUAGGUCUCGUUCGAAAAGUCGCAGUCGCAGCAGGAACCGUUCGGGAAGCCGAGUCAAUGAACAGAAACGAAGCCGCAGUCGAAGCUCCGGUAAAUCUCGCAGUCGAUCAAGAUCGCGCUCAAAAUCAGGAUCCCGAAGUCGAUCGGUAUCGCCGGCAAACAAAAAGAAACGCACCGGCAUUCUCAGCGAUUCAGACGAUGAGGAAACGCCGAAAAAACGAGCAAAAAUUACCGAUUCCGAUCACGAAGGAGAGGAGCUGGAAGCUGAAGAGAAGGCCCCGGCGGAUGCUGAAGGCGAAACAGAGGAACUGAAAACAAGCGCUGACAGACCGUUGGUAGAUGCCGGUGAUUCGGAGGACGAAGGAAUCCGCGAGGGAGCAAGUGGGGAAUUCGUUUCCGAUUUCGAGCUCAUGUUGUCGCGUAAAAGGGAGGAAAAAUCGAAACGACGCAAGCGAAAUGAUAUCGACUUGAUCAACGACAAUGAUGAUCUGAUCGCGCAGCUUUUGCAACAGAUGCGUCACGCUGCUGAAGAAGAUCGCCAACUCAACAAAGAAAACAAACCGGCAGUCAAGAAAAUUACCAUCCUCAAGUUUGCCAUGUCCCAGCUGAUCAAGAAGGACCUUCAGCUAGCCUUCAUCGAGCAUAACGUGCUCAACGUUCUGACAGACUGGUUAGCUCCGUUACCGAACAAAUCUUUGCCUUGUUUGCAGAUUCGAGAAUCCAUUCUGAAGCUUCUUUCCGAUUUUCCCUGUAUUGAAAAGUCCUAUCUCAAACAGUCGGGAAUUGGAAAGGCCGUGAUGUACCUCUACAAGCAUCCUCGAGAGUCCAAACUGAACCGAGAACGCGCUGGGAAAUUGAUAUCCGAAUGGGCUCGACCUAUCUUCAACCUGAGUACCGACUUCAAAGCGAUAUCCCGUGAGGAACGUCAGCAAAGAGAUUUGCAGCAGAUGCCCAAAAAACGCAAAGCCUCGCCGGAACCACAGGGCCAGGGCAGUACCAGCAAAAAGGGCUUACCGUUUACCGAAGCUGAUAAGGGUGCAUUACGGCCCGGAGACAAAGGAUGGGUGCAACGGGCUCGUGUUCCCAUGCCUUCGGAUAAGGAAUACAUUGUUCGGCCAAAAUCAACCAGCGAUAUUGAUAUGAGCCGGAUCACAAAGAAAAAGAUGAACCGCUAUGAGAAACAUCUGAAAAAAUUCAUCGAUGCGAAGAGGCUCAAGGCUUCCCGGCGAGCGGUGGAAAUUUCUAUAGAAGGACGAAAAAUGACGCUUUAAACAGCAUGCAAAUCUUAAUGAGCAUAUUUUCUAGUUUAAAGGCUGCUCUACAAUAUCUUAACUAGGUAUCCCAUUGAAUGAAAUUCAAACAGCUCCUGUCGCUGUUUCAACAACUUGUAGACUAACUUAUCCUCUGUUUUAUGUUCAUAGUAACAAUUGAGAGUGUAAAUUUUCAAGUAAUAAAUAAAAAAAUCUGA